AUGCAGUUCUCCUACUUCCUGUGCCUGACGCUACUCAUCCCUCAGGCUGCCACCCUCAGCCGCUACCACUCCCAUGAGUCAAGGAAGAAAGCCAAGGAGCUCCCUGUAGCUGCCACAGAGGCCAUCAGGAGCAAGGACUUUGCCUUCAACCUGUACAGAGUCUUGGCUUCUGCUGACCCUGGCCAGAACAUCUUCUUCUCCCCGGUGAGCAUCUCUAUGUCCUUGGCCAUGCUCUGCCUAGGGGCCCGGUCCCACACGAAGACUCAGAUCCUGGAGGGCCUGGGAUUCAGACUUCAGGAAACCCAGGAGGAGGAGCUCCACAAGGACUUCCAGAAGCUUCUGCAGGAGCUCAGCCGGCCCGGGGAUGGCCUCCAGCUGAGCCUCGGCAACGCCCUGUUCAUGGACCCAAAACAGGCCAUUCAGGAGGUCUUCCUGAGCACCAUGAAGACUCUGUACCUGGCAGAUACUUUCCCCACCAACUUUGGGGACCCAGCAGGGGCCAAGAAGCAGAUCAAUGAUUAUGUGGCAAAGCAAACGAAUGGCAAGAUCCUGGACUUGGUUAAGGAUCUCAAUAGAGAUUCGAUAAUGGUUAUGGUGAAUUACAUUUUCUUUAAAGCUAAAUGGGAGACAAGCUUCAACCACAAAAACACCCAGGAGAAGAGCUUCUAUGUGAGUGCAGAGACAGUGGUGGAAGUGCCCAUGAUGAACCGUGAAGACCUGUACUACUUCCUCCAGGACCACAAUCUCUCCUGCAGGGUGGUGGGCAUCCCCUACCAAGGCAAUGCCACUGCUCUGUUCAUUCUCCCCAACGUAGGUUCCAUGGAGCAAGUGGAGAAUGGACUGAACGAGAAAACACUGCAGAAGUGGUUCAAGAUGUUCAGAAAGAGGCAGCUCCAGCUUUACCUGCCCAGAUUCUCCAUCACGGGUUCGUAUCAGCUGGAGAAAGCUCUCCCCAAGCUGGGGAUCCAAGAGGUAUUCACCACCCAAGCUGACCUGCGUGGCAUCACCAACCACUCAAACAUUCAUGUUUCUGAGAUGGUGCACAAGGCUGUGGUGGAGGUGGACGAGUCGGGAACCAAAGCGACUGCAGCCACAGGGACGGUCAUCAUGUUCAGGUCGGCCCAGAGGAGCACUCUCAGGAUGGUGUUCAACAGGCCAUUCCUGGUGCUCAUCAUGGAGCUUGACAGUAAGAACAUCCUCUUCCUUGGCAAAGUGACCCACCCCUGA